CCGGAAAGAAAGGUCAAAAGGAAGACCCAAAUGCAAGAAACUGCCAACUAGUCUGUUGCGCUUGCACCUAAGAAAGUUAGGCCUUAGGAAUUAAAAACAACGUGAAUUGGUAUAUAUUCAGUCUCCCUGUAUCCAUGAUUCAUUUCUUCUCCAUCAGCUUCAAUCCAGAUGAUGAUGAAGACUACUACUGCAAGGCUCGACCGGCGACAACCGUCCCCAAGACUAACAUCCUUCGCUUUAUCCACUUUCUUCCUCAUCGUAUUCCUCUGUGCCUUGGCUUCCAUCAACGGAGUGCGAUUCGAGGGUCUAUUGAACAUGUCUUACCAGAACACCACCUCACCUUCUAAUGCUUCGCUGCCGGAAAAUUCAACUUCAGCGGCGGCACUACCUGAGCUCCGGGUACUCAUAGGGAUUCCUACGCUCCCGGACCAGUACCACAGGCGCCACUUCCUUCGAAUGGUCUACGGCACACAGUCACCAGUUGGCGCACAAGUGGACAUCAAGUUUGUGUUCUGUAACUUGACCAAGGAGGAUCAAACGGUCCUGGUUGCGCUCGAGAUCAUGCGCUACGACGACAUCAUAAUUCUCAACUGUAAAGAGAACAUGAACAACGGUAAGACGUAUACGUAUUUCUCUAGCUUGCCUGAAUUACUGAAUAGCACAGAUGGGCCGUACCCACCUUACCAUUAUGUGAUGAAGGGAGACGAUGAUACUUAUUUCAGAUUGGAUAAUUUGGUUCAGUCCUUGAGGCCCUUGCCCAGAGAAGAUUUGUAUUACGGCUACGUUAUUCCUUGCCCAAGCAUGGACCCUUUCCGUGAAUACAUGUCUGGCAUGGGCUAUUUAGUCUCAUGGGAUAUUGUGGAAUGGAUUAGUACGUCCGACAUACCGAAGAACCGCACAGAGGGGCCUGAAGACAAGGUGUUCGGCGAAUGGCUUCGUGAUGGGCACCGGGCCAAGAACAGGUACAACGCCAAGUGGUCGAUGUACGACUUCCCCCAACCGCCGACUGGAUGUACACACGAGCUCUGGCCGGACACGAUCGCUGUGCAUCGCCUCAAGAAUCAGGAGAAGUGGAUUCAGACCUUGAAGUACUUCAAUGUUACUGAUAAGCUUAAACCAUCCAAGCUCUAUCAUAUUCCGUAGGUACUGCUUUGCUGGCUGACCAUUUUGUUCAUUCUUUUUUCAAGUUUAUAAUCAAUAAAAAACCUGAUUUGGAGAACAAAGUUUCUCCUUUCUCUUGUAAUUUUUGGACCGGGGAGUUCAAAUGUAAACCAAAAUUUUGGCC